AUGGCAGGGCCUGUACGCACACCAGCCAUGGCUGAGACGCGCGCGACAAUCGCACAGACCUCGACAGUGACCCCACCAAGACCGCCCAACGCCUGGAUCCUCUAUCGCGGCGACAAGCUCAGAGAACUCUUCGAACCAGUCCCAGGCCAGCCUCGCAUGUCCCAAGCAGAUGUUUCACGAAUUAUCGGCCAGAUGUGGAGGACUGAAUCCGAUGCAACGCGAAUGGAGUACGAACGACGCGCAGACGAAGCCAAGGCAGAACAUGCAAUUAAAUACCCAAACUACCGCUUCAAUCCCAAGAAAAAGGAGGAAAAAGAGUUUCUUCGGGCCCAGAGAAAAGAGGCAAAGGAGAGAGAAAAGGCGCAGGCAAAGCAGUUAAAGCGACAACAGGCACGCGCUCAGAGUCAACAGCAAGUCGCCCAACCUGUUCAGCCAUCAGUCUCGACGACGCCCAUGGCUUAUCCACCUGCUCCCGUCUUGUUGCCUCAUCCGAGCAUGGUUUUCUACCCUCCGAUGAUGGGAGGCACUGUCUACUAUCCCAUGGAACUCUUUGGCACGGCCGGUCCGUCCCCUCCAGUUUCUCUCGCAUCGUCUCCUGCCGCCUCAAGCACACCAGAGUCCACGUCCGCCUCGGAAGAUACAACAGAACCACAACCUCAGCAGCCUAGCCCUCAGCCUCCAAUUUCGGCACUCCCUUAUCCUUUCCCAACGGCCCCGCGAACCAACUCUGCAAACCCUUACCUCGCCCUUCUUGGCCCCGCGGCGACCCGUGGCCAGUAUAUGGCCCCUUCGAUACCCCCGCCGCCUGCCACCACUCCCGCCUCCGCCCCUACUCCGCUGCCGCAAGACGCGGAGCCAAGCCAGCCAUCCCUUCAGCUCGAUGUACCUCAGCAAAAUUUCUUGGCCAACUCAAACUCGGAUUUCACGAAUACCCCCCUGAUGCCCACCCUCUCCAUGCCCGACAAUGCCGCUCCUACUCAGGACAUUGAGAACUUUGCGCAGCCCAGUGGCCCCAGUUUGACCGAGUUGUUGCAACAGCCACUCCAUCAAGAAACUUUGCAAUUCGACGUCAAUGCCGACUUUUUUGCAAUGGCUGCAUCAAUGCACGAGCUACAAGAUCCCAACGCGUUUGACGCCAGCAACUUUGACCCAGCUGCUCUAUCGGGCGAAGUAUUCAGUUUGAACAACUUUACUCCCGAUAUGCUGAACGCUGAUCCCUCUGGCGAGCUUGUGGUCAAUUUUGGCAGUUACGGGCAACCCGAACCUCAAUCCCAGCCCUUCGACCUCGACGAGUUCCUGAAUGCCUGCGUUGUCGAAUCCUUGUCCCAAGACCCACCUGCAUAUGGCGAUCCUAACAUGAACAAUAUGGGCCAGUAUCUUGGAGGGUCCCAGGAGGUCCCGGGGGUGGAAGAGUCCCAACCGAAAUCUCGCAUGCCGGCAAUGUCUCAAUCCGAUUCUCCCUCCACGAGUUCUCUUCCAUCCGUUCCACCGACACCCUCGCCUCUCCAACCAGCACUUUCUGUCGACUUGAGCAACACUCAACAACCGGCACAGAAGACCCCGUACGUUCCGCCGUCUGGUGCGGCUCUGGCAUCGACUCGACGCGUCGGAGGCAGCUGGAAACCGCCUCCCAUUUGCAAUGAUGAAUCCUUGGACCACUACCGGUCCUCUACCGUCCCAGUUUAG